CCAUGCAGCGACUCCACGAUCCGGUAUAGAAAAUCAUAUGGAUUCCCGACAUACUUGUUGAUCUUUAUUGUUGCACAGAGAGGAAAUGUGACUACGAGAUGCAGGCUUUUUAAAACCCCUUUCCCAAAAUGACAGAGACAGCACAUGGAAUACGCGCGAUAAAGCAUUGACGAUUUUCCACAUUUAUUUCCAUUGGAGUGGUUUUAUGCUUUCUUCCAGGUCGCAAUAAAGGCGCAAGAAUGGAGGAGAGAGAAAUCAAAUGUAGACGGUAAAUCCCUCCCGGAUAGAGUCUUCAGGACUGCAUGAACUUUUCCAGCCUUGUGGAAAAUACUUUUUUAGGGAGGAUGAAUAAAUCCGGGUCAAGAUCGAUUUCUUCUCUGCCCCCAGAGCCGGUGGAAAUUCUGCGACGCAAGGCGGGUACUCGGAGAGUCAAACUUAAUGUCGGGGGACUUCUGCAUGAAGUUCUGUGGAGAACGCUGGACAGGUUACCCCGCACGAGACUAGGAAAGCUACGAGAUUGCAACACCCAUGACUCAUUAAUCGAAAUAUGCGAUGAUUACUCUCUGGAGGACAAUGAGUAUUUUUUUGACAGGCACCCAGGCGCAUUCACUUCCAUCCUAAAUUUUUAUCGCACGGGUAAGUUGCAUAUGAUGGAAGAAAUGUGCGCCUUGUCCUUUAGUCAAGAGCUGGACUACUGGGGCAUUGACGAGAUAUACCUGGAGUCGUGCUGUCAGGCUCGGUACCAUCAGAAGAAGGAGCAGAUGAACGAGGAGCUGAAGCGAGAGGCGGAAACUCUAAGGGAAAGGGAGGGGGAAGAGUUCGACAACACGUGCUGUGCAGAGAAACGAAAGAAACUCUGGGAUCUUCUCGAAAAGCCAAGUUCAUCGCUUGCAGCAAAGGUCCUGGCCAUCAUAUCCAUCCUAUUCAUCGUGCUUUCGACGAUUGCCUUGUCCCUAAACACACUUCCUGAGCUGCAGGAAAUAGAUGAGUUUGGCCAGGUAACAGAUAACCCCCAGCUGGCUCACGUGGAGGCGGUCUGCAUCGCCUGGUUCACCAUGGAGUACCUGUUGCGCUUCCUCUCUUCACCCAACAAGUGGAAAUUUUUCAAGGGGCCCUUGAAUGUCAUAGACCUGUUGGCCAUCCUACCAUACUAUGUCACCAUCUUCUUGACAGAAUCCAACAAGAGCGUGCUACAGUUCCAGAAUGUGCGACGGGUAGUGCAGAUCUUCCGUAUCAUGCGAAUCCUUCGCAUUCUCAAGCUAGCGCGGCACUCCACUGGUCUGCAGUCUCUAGGCUUCACGCUGAGACGUAGCUACAACGAGCUAGGCCUACUUAUCCUUUUCCUUGCCAUGGGCAUCAUGAUUUUUUCUAGCCUAGUGUUUUUUGCUGAGAAGGAUGAGGACGACACCAAGUUCAAAAGCAUCCCUGCCUCCUUCUGGUGGGCCACCAUCACCAUGACAACAGUUGGCUACGGGGACAUCUAUCCAAAGACCCUCCUGGGAAAGAUUGUUGGUGGCUUGUGCUGCAUUGCUGGAGUACUGGUGAUAGCCUUGCCUAUCCCAAUCAUUGUCAACAACUUCUCUGAGUUCUACAAAGAGCAGAAGAGACAGGAGAAAGCCAUCAAACGAAGAGAAGCUCUGGAAAGGGCCAAGAGAAACGGCAGCAUUGUGUCCAUGAAUAUGAAGGAUGCCUUUGCCCGUAGCACUGAGCUCAUGGAUGUUGUAAUUGAGAAAAAUGGGGAGAACAUGGGGAACAAGGAGAAGGUGCAGGACAAUCACCUAUCGCCUACACGACUGAAGUGGACACCAAAGCGCACCACCUCAGAAACAAGUUCAAACAAGUCCCUGGGUGGGAAAAUCUCUGGCUCUCCAGACAAGGCCCGGCCAUGUAGUCCACAGAACCUUAAUGUACAGAAGCUUGAGGAAAUGUAUAAUAAGAUGGCCAAGACCCAAUCACAGCCAAAUCUCAACAGCAAAGACAAAGGCUCAUCGUUAAAAGCUACCAAACAUAAAGAUGAAAUUGAAAUGAGCAACAUCCUGGGCAGGACUGACCCUCUGCUGACUACACCUGCAGGCAUUGUGGACAUGAGGAGCAUGUCCAGCAUCGACAGCUUCAUUAGCUGUGCCGCAGAUUUCCCAGAGAGCUCACGCUUCUCACACAGUGGCCUAGUCAGUACCAGCUCCAGACCUGAAACCACCCUGGAACAUGAGCCUAUACUAUCUCCCCGCAACACAAAGCCACACAAGCUUGGUUCCAUUCAAGAGAUAAGUGCCAAGUGUGAAGGCUCUCGACACAGCAUUUUCUUUGAAAGCCCACGUGGUCUGUGCAUUGGGAACCCACUCAAGACCCGUUCCCUGAAAGUCAAUUUCAGGGCUAGGGACACUGGCCCCUCUUCUUUGCCACAGGGGACUGGUGCAGCUCAAUCUGAAAGCUCGGCUUUCUCAGAUCAGUCGCUUUUAAGUCCUGAAGUGUCUGUUUACACAACAGCCAGUAGUAAGACUCCACCCAAGUCCCCAGAGAGUCGCAUGCCCACAGUCUUCACCUUCCAUGACGCAUCAAUCAGCAAAUACAUAGACGCUGACACUGACGAUGAGGAUCACCUACAGGAUGGAUCUGAAUCUAGUCCCUCAAAGAGGCUGCUGAAGAGCACUGGUCCGAAGUUCAGCAUCAACAGCAACUAUCAACGGGGGGCCAACCACCUAGAACUUUCCCAGAGGGUGCCGGGUCAGAACUGUGUCCUCCCCUCAGGGAAUCGCCUGGGCACAGGGCAAGAGAACCACGUGACCCAGGAUGUGCGGGUUCCCCUGAAAGAAAGGUUCCGCUCCAGCAGCUACGACGAGAGUAUCUGAAAUUCAGGGGAUUUGGGCCAGAGAACAGGCUGGAACAAAAUGGCUGAGCAAUCGGAAUCAGAUAAAAUAGACAUAUGAAACACACCAGGCGCUUUACUGCAUGGCACAUCAAACUCCUGACUAAGACACAGGCAUAGCCAAAACUCAGAUACUCUCUUCAUUGACUGGUGGGGAAGUUGCAUGAGAACCUUCCCUCUCCACUAUUCUCCUGCUCCGCCUUAUGGACUGAGCUGCACAGUCUGUGGAGCUGUAUAGCAGGACGGAGCAGGACAGGAUGGCCAGAGCACAAGGUCCAUGAGAAGGGAAUAGAAAUAUGUAUGACCCUGCACUCAAAGGGAAUGCGUUCCACCCUGAGGUGGCUCAGUAGGCCUUAGUCUGUUGAAGUCCAUGCCACACCUUAGCUUAGGCACAAAUGA